AUGUCGUAUAUCGAGCGUCAAACGACGCGGAUCACCGGCAUAGAACAUGGCGCUCGUCGACGCAGCGUCCUCAACUCCUCAUCUUCAAACAAGGUGCCCAACGCGAAGAAGCCACGCACACGACCCCCGGCGUCGCUACGCGACCAUCUCCCAUACCCUAACUCCACCCUCUCUCCUACUUCAGGACCCUACUCCAUAGGAAGCAUGGAAAUAGAAGUCCCUGUUGAGAAUCCCCGACCGAUCUCGAACAUAAAGCGCAAGGGCCGGCACCUCCUGCAGUUGGAGACUGUUCUAUUCACACUAUACUACCCCUCCUCGUUUGGAAGUGGAAACGGGAACGCUCCAGGAGGAGAGAAGAAAUGGAGUCGAGAGACAUGGCUUCCAAGACCGCGCAUGGAAACAGCGAAGGGUUAUGCGCGUUUUGCUGGCAUACCAAGCUCUAUAAGCAUUGGUAUUUUUGGCGCAACCACCAUGCUCACGAAGCUGCGUGGCUACAGAAAUGCUCCUCCUGCAACUCAUUGGCCUCCAGAAGGCAACAUGAAGAAGAACGGUUAUAAGAUCAAGAACCAGCAGGGCAGUCCGCCCGAGGGCAUGGGCAAGGAGCCCAAAUUCCCCCUGCUGAUAUUCAGUCAUGGUCUUGGGGGCUCAAGAACUGCAUACAGUAGCUUGUGCUCAGAGUUUGCAAGCUAUGGCUUCGUCGUUUGCGCGGUGGAGCAUAGAGAUGGGAGUGGACCACGUACUUUCGUCAACCACAAGAGGCAAGGGAAGCGGAGAAAGGGCCCGCAGGGAGGAGGCAAAGGAAUGCAUAGUGCUUGCGAUGGGGACGAAGAAGAUGAUGAAAGUUUCGACAAGUUUCAACACCUGGACCACACUGAGGAGGAGAUCGCACAAGGCUAUCACCAUGUCGACUACAUCUUUCCCAAAGAUAACCCAAUGGAUACUGCACCGAACAAUGAGCACGGCGUAGACGGCGAACUUCGGAGCGCGCAGAUCGAACUGCGUCUCUGUGAGCUCGAGGAAGCAUACCGUGUACUCAAGAUCAUAUGUGCUGGUGAUGGAGAGAAGGUCGCACAGCAGAAUCUACGCGGGGAAGGUUAUAUUGGCGGCUCUUCAAGAGGCCUGAGUGGAAUUGAUUGGGCACAAUGGAAAGAUCGGUUCCACGUAGAUAAGAUGACCGUCGCUGGCCAUAGUUUCGGAGCAGCGACUGUGGUAGAGGUGCUCAGGCAUACAGAGCGAUUUACAAACGUCCAGGCUGGAAUCAUCUAUGAUAUUUGGGGUGCGCCUGUAAAGCCACCAGUGGAGGACCCAAAACAUCGGAUACACCUCCCCUUACUGGGCAUCGCUAGCGAGGCGUUCAUGUAUUGGCAGAAGAACUGGGAUGCAGCCAUGUCUCUGAUGAGAGAGGCUAGCGAGCAUGGCGCCCCUGCGUAUCUCUUCACUGUCCGAGGCUCCGUGCACAUCAACCAAAGCGACUUCUCGAUCUUGUACAAGCAUAUUUCAUCGCUGUUCCUGAAGGCCACUGUUCAUCCGCAAAGGGCUAUUGACCUCAAUAUCAGUACAAGUCUCGAGUUCCUUAGGCUAGUAGCACCAGAUUCUGGAGGUGGGAAGUCUAUCAUCAGUAGGUGCAUGACAGAUGAGAAGAUCUUGGAAACGCCUCUCAUGGAAGACAUCCCCAACGAGCACCGACCGACCGACCAAUGGAUAGCCGCUCGUCUACGGGUAGACAAUGAGUUCAGGAAACGAUUGGCCGCUGGCCUUCAGAGGAAGUUUCGGCGCAACUUCCAAGGUGGCAUGGGCACUGGAUACACUACUUCUGAUGAAAUGUGGUGUUUCCGCAAGCCUUCUGAUGAAGAUCUGCAAACAUGGAUCAACGCAGAAGAUAGGGGAGAGAAGCGCAUAGAUGAAGACCGAGCCACCGCAGCAACUGAGAUUCAGAAUAGUGAUCAUGCAGCUGCCAAUGCUCAUAGAUCUGCAUCGUCCGUCCAGAGCGAUGCCGAGACGAACGAGAGUACACUGCGAAGUAAAGACGUUGGAGACGCAAAGGACGGAUCCAGCUACCGAACGGGGCAUGAGGUGCGAGAUAGAUAUGACAAUGCUGAGAAAAACACUUGUGGGAAACCUGGAGAGGCAGAGACAUCAGCCGCUACAGGACAGGGUGAAGAUGCACCGUCAAACAACUGGUUGGGUGUUCUUCCUAAGCUUAGAGAUGGACCGGGUCAGGCGUCAGCGUAG